CCUGUACCAUGUGAUCUCUGUGAUCAUUCACAGAUUUCACACGUAGUAAGCAAUGAUGUCACAAGUGGCAUCUUGCUUACUACUUUGCAUGUGAUCACUGAUUGGCCAAUCAGUGAUCACAUGAUCAGGACCUCGAAAAGAGGUCCCGUCCGACGAUCGGUGUUCCACUGUGUCCGGAGGACACAGCGGGACCGGAUCGGGGCGGGGAGGCCGUUUAUAAACAUCUACCCGACCCUGCACUGCCACCGUCCCGCCGUUUAUAUACAACGGCCGGACGGGGAGGUGGUUAAGAAGACUGACGCACUGCAGUUGUGUUCA